GUCCCCGGGUCGUGGAUGCAGUCAGUCCGCUCCCGACGACGAGUCCGAGAACACGCUUCGCCGCUUCAGCUUCGUGGUUCAGAGAGAAUCGAGACAGAAAAUUCCUUUGAGCUUCGUGGUUCAGAGAGAAUCGAGACAGAAAAUUCCAUUGAGCUUCGUGGUUCAGAGAAAGAGUCUCGAAACAGCAAAUCCCAUUCAGCUUCGUGGUUCAGAGAGACUCGAGACAGCAAACCCAACACCAUGUCGAGCCCAAGGAAGUUCUUCGUGAUCGGAAACUGGAAGAUGAACGUGGACAAGAACCGAAUCAACGGCAUUGUGAAGAUGAUGAACAAAGCGGCACUUGACCCCAACACAGAGGCGGUGGUUGGCUGUCCAUCGUGCUAUCUCUCACAUGCCAGAGAGCACCUCAGCCCCAGUAUUGGCGUCGCUGCUCAAAAUUGCUACAAGGUUGCCCGGGGUAACUUCAGCGGCGAAAUUUCUCCGGAGAUGAUCAAGGACUGCGGCUGCGACUGGGUCAUCCUGGGUCACCCCGAGCGCAGGACCAUUUUCAGCGAGCCAGACAGCUUCAUCGCCGAGAAGGUCGCUCAUGCACAAGAAGCUGGGAUGAAGAUAAUCGCGUGUCUGUGCGAGACAACCGAGGACCGCAAGGAAGGACGCACGAAGGAGGUGCUGUUCAAGCAGCUGAAGUCCCUCGCCGGCGCCAUCCGCGACUGGUCCCGCGUGGUCCUUGCCUUCGAGGCCCUGUGGGCGAGCAACACGGGCGUCUUCGCCACCAACCAGCAGGUGCAGGAGGCCCUGGCGCUCGUGCGGGACUGGCUGCGGAACAACGUGAGCGAGAAAGUGGCCGACACGACGCGCCUCCUCUACGCGGGCUCGGUGAACUCCGGCAACUGCCGCGAAAUGGCGGCGCUGAAGGACCUGGACGGGUUCCUCGUGGGGAGCGCCGCCCUCAAGCCAGACAUCGUGGACAUCAUUAAUGCCCGCCGCGGCCGCGUGUCUGAGAUCCUGGCGUCGCUCCGCAUCGAGGACCAGCAGGGAUAAAGCGGGAACUCCUCCGAGUGUUCCUUCGUCUCGGCCAGUAGCCUGGGAUGGGCCGUCGCGAGGCAAGCCGCACGCUCUCACGUCCACUCACAUUCCCUGCAGAGUUUACUUAUUAGUUGUUGUUACAUGUUAUUUUCUUUUAAGUAAUAUUCGGAGGCUUCCCAGACGAAAAGACAGAGCGGCAUCUAGUACAAACACGUGAAAUCCAUAGACACAAAACCACAAUCAAACUGCACUUUAUGAUCCAUAUGUGUAGCGGUAUUUGUGUAAUGCUCGCAAAGUCUUUUUACAUACACAUACUUUUUACAUACAAUUGAAGGCGGUUCACUCCAACAAUAUUCAGCUUGAUGUAAAUAAUAAGCUAUUUAUGUAAAUGCUUUAUUGAUCAUAAUGUAUAAGUUAUAAAUAAAUGUAAGGUUAAAC